AUGCCCAAUGCCCUGACCAACGGGUCUGGCAAUUCCGAUCCGUGGGAUGAAGCCGAAAUGAACGAAAAGAGGUCACAUGAGGGACAGGCCGAAGUGAUCCUCCAUGUCCCCAUUACCUACGACAACUCGAUCACGUUUACUCCGGAGUUGAAACAGAUGUUGGACAACGUGAAGGACAAGUGGAGCAAAGCCGACUCUGGGCGUAGCCCUCUCGUGCUGACGCUCCGCAGCUUGACGCUGCUGGCGUGUGGAGCGGGGCUCCUGCUUCUACUCGCCGGCCACUUUGCCAAGGCAGCCUUUGUGGCCGGUUCCUUGCGCGAGGGCCGAGUCCUCUCCGUGGACCGUGCGGUGUCGCACGGCGGCUAUGCGCAUGCGAAAUUCCGCAAGGAGGUUAGGCAGAUGAACGAGGAGGAGCUGCACGACAUCAUCGCUGAGUCGCGUAAGAUGAUGCUGCACCAUCGCCUGGAGAAAUUCCGGAAAAAGAGACCCUCAGCUGGCUCCAAGUAUGAGUGGCAGUACAAGAUUGCCUUGGCCAAGACCUUUCUAAAGGAGCGGGAACUGGCAGCUAUGAGCAAUGAAGAGGUCUUUGAGCCGGAGCCUCUGUCGAAGGACUACCCCUCUCGUCCCACCUUGGCGGAAGAGAUGAAGCUGACAGAGGACCUUGAAAUGGCCAAGGCCGAAUGGUACGACAUCGGAGGUUGGGGCAGCAAACCGAUGGGACAAAAGUCGGACUACCCUCGAAAUGUGGGUUUCGAAAAGCAGUUUUACCGAAAAUAUGGCACCGUCUACAACCAGCCCAACAAGACCUAUGUUGGAGGAUGGUCCUGGGAUCCAUCCAAAUCAGACAGGAGCACCAACAUUGCGCCGGGCGACUGGCGUCCGGGAGGUCAGUAUGAUAAGAAUGUCAAGUGGCAGGCCACCUUCCAGCCCGACAGCAUCGACAUCAAACGGGCGCGCAAGAAGGCCGCACGCGAGGCAGCUACCUCCACAGAGGCCAUGGCUUUGAAGGUCUUGGCGCCAUCAACUUCGUACGGACUCUUCGUUGGUGCUGCGCUGCUUGGUCUUGCAGCUUCGCGAGGCUUCUCCGGGCGACGCUGACAGAAAAACCUGCGUUGCAGAGGGAUGCCACGGCGAAGCGGCGAUGUGAUCC